AUGUCCAGUCCACCUCGCUAUCCCCAGCAUUAUUCAGCUGAGGAAAAGUUACCAGAAAUUGAAGCAGAUUAUGAUAGUGAUUCAUCUACUGAAGAAACUGAAAAUACAGUCGGCAAUAUCUCACUUGAUAAAUACAAAGAUUUACCACACAUCGGCUAUGAUAUUGAUGGCAAGAAGAUUUUGAGACCUGCUACUGAAGAUGAGUUGGACAAAUUCCUGGCUACUAUGGAAGAUCCAGAUUCAUGGAAAUCUGUAAAGAGCGACGUCGAAAACAAAGAACUUGUUCUAAACGAUGAAGAACUGGAUAUUAUCCAGAGAUUACAAAGAGGUAUCAUUCCUGAUGCAUCUUAUAAUCCUUAUGAACCCACCGUUGAAUGGUUCACUUCGAAAACCGAAGUCAUGCCUUUAUCAGCUCGACCUGAACCUAAGAGACGAUUUGUGCCUUCUAAAUGGGAACAUAAGAAAAUCAUGAAGAUUGUUCGUGCUAUCCGUCAAGGUCGUAUCGUACCACGUAAACCAAAAGAUGAAAAACCUCGAUUCUAUAAUUUAUGGGGAGACGAUGAUCAGCCUCGGGAAGACCAUAUUAUGCAUGUUGCUGCACCUAAAAUGAAACUUCCCGAACAUGAUGAAAGUUACAACCCACCAGAAGAAUAUCUACUGGAUGAAAAAGAAGAAAAGGAAUGGCGUGAAAUGGACGAAGAAGAUCGACCCAAGAAUUACCUUCCUAAGAAAUACAAGAGUCUACGUAAUGUGCCUGCGUAUGAUAAGUUCAUUCAAGAAAGAUUCCAACGUUGUCUUGAUCUUUAUUUGGCACCUCGUGUGCGCAAAAACCGACUGAAUAUUGAUCCUGAGUCACUUGUUCCUAAAUUGCCUAGCCCUAAGGAUCUUCGUCCCUUCCCUACUCGUCAAUCUAUCCUUUAUGAAGGUCAUACAUCGCGUAUUCGUGCUCUCUCAGUGCAUCCUAACGGUCUCUAUGCAAUCACUGGCUCAGAUGACCGCACCUGUCGUCUUUGGGAAGUGUUGACAGGGCGCUGUUUAAUGAUGUGGCAAUUCGACGGUGUUAUCCACGCAUUAGCAUGGUGUCCCAAUCCUGAUCAUUGGUUAUUUGCUAUCUCUGUGGGUCAUGGCGAAGUACAUCUGAUUUCCCCUCCUAAGCUAUGUACAGCCGAACAAGCCAUGAAUACGGAUCAACUUACAAAAUCAGCAUUUGGUUUCACGAAUACUGAUGCUGAUAUGAAGAAGAAAUCCGUCACUUGGAUGAAGGCAAGUGAGACAGAUGAAGAAAGAUACGGUUUCAAAAUCAAGAUUCAGCAUUCGCAAGUGGUGAAGCAAAUUACAUGGCACCGUAAAGGUGACUAUUUUGCUACUGUGUCUCCAGAUGCGAAAAACCUUGGUGUUCUUAUUCACCAAACAUCAAAACAUCAAACUCAAUCACCAUUUAACCGACUCAAGGGUAUUGUGCAGAAGGUUGCCUUUCACCCUAUCAAACCCAUAUUCUUUGUUGCUACGCAAAUUUAUGUACGUGUGUAUGAUUUGAUGCAACAACAACUAGUGAAGACGCUGCAAACCAACGUGAAGUGGGUUUCUAGUAUUGAUAUUCAUCCAGGAGGCGAUAAUGUGAUUAUCGGUUCUUAUGAUAAGAAGGUGUGUUGGUUUGAUAUGGAUCUCAGUUCAAGGCCGUAUAAAUCCCUUAGAUAUCACGAAAAGGCCGUUCGUCAAGUGACGUACCAUAAGCGAUACCCUCUUUUUGCAUCUGCUUCCGAUGACGGUACUAUUCAAAUCUUUUAUGGUAUGGUCUAUAACGAUCUGCUGCAAAAUCCAUUAAUUGUCCCUGUGAAGAUUCUGCGAGGUCAUGCUGAAAAAGACGGAUUAGGUGUCUUGAAUAUUGAAUUCCACCCUACACAACCUUGGAUCUUCUCGACUGGUUCAGAUGGCACUUUCCGACUUUGGACUUAA